GGGGGACAAAGGUCAACAUUUAUCUCAUAGCGCCGUAGCUGCCCUUCAUCUUACAGCACUCUGGUACAGUACUUACUGUACUAGUACUGUGAUAUUCCCCGACACUCGACCUCCGAGGUACAUACAGCACUUGUGCUACAGCAAGCCCGUAAAUCAACAACAAGCACAUCAUUAAUUCAGAUGGGUUCCAUGACUGGCCUGCUGAUUUUAACUCAGCCUGUCCGUAAGAUUAUCCCAAGUUUGCCUAAGGUUCUGAAGGCAGCAUCUCAGCAUGUCACCAAGACCUUGUACAUUCAUCUUGACCCAUUGGCUAAGACCAAAUUGCCAGAGACCAAGCAGUGCCUUGCCCUCUACAGCCAUAUCAUCACAAAUAUAUACGCCAGUUCACCAGCCCAGUGUCAAGGUUUGGAUGUAAGAAUCCUCAUGGCAGGAUUUAAGGACUUUUUAGAAGUUCCCCUUAAAACUCGCAUGAGAAUUGAUUUAGUAAUGUUUGAUCAAACAAGAAGUGGGCUUGAAUUGGUUGAUUUGGAAAAGAGGUAUAAAAGUUUUGUAGCUGGCAGUAAAAGUAAGGUUUUCUUGCUUGAAGAGGAGUGUCAAAAUGAAGAAGUUCAACUGCCAGUAGAUCCAAUUAAUGAAGCAUCAAAUCAAAUCUAUUCCAGUGUUGUUAUUGGUGGAACCUUUGAUUGUAUACAUGCUGGCCACAAGAUCCUUUUAUCUGAAGCACUAAUAAGGUGUAAAGACAGGUUGACUUGUGGCGUUGCAGAUGGGCCGCUUCUGAAAAACAAAACACUAGCUGAACUAAUUGAGCCUUGUGAUAAGAGGAUUAGUAAUGUAAAAGAGCUUGCCAUUGAUAUUGAUCCUACUGUUAACUAUAAUAUUGUACAAAUUACCGAUCCAAUGGGACCCACAAGAUGGGAUCCUGAUAUGGAUAUGAUUGUAGUGAGUGAAGAAACUAAAAAGGGUAUAAUAAGCAUCAAUAAAGAACGUGAAAAAGGUGGUCUUAAAGCACUUGAUGGAUACAUCAUUGGAUUAGUAGAUGACCGACUCCGAGUACAUGACGAGGAGGAGGUGAAACUUAGUGCAAGUUCUCAAAGAAUGAGACUUCUUGGAACAAUUAUUAAACCUAUAACUCCCAACACUAACAUUCCAAGUCAUCCAUAUAUUAUUGGCUUGUCAGGUGGCUCUGCAAGUGGUAAAUCAAGUGUUGCAAAACGAUUUGAAAAGCUUGGUGCAGGUAUAGUCGAUUGUGAUAAAUUAGGUCAUGAGGCUUAUAGGAAAAAUACAAAGUGUUACAUCAAGCUGAUUGAAACCUUUGGUUCAGAUAUUGUUGGCAGUGAUGGUGAAAUCAAUCGCAAAGUCCUAGGUGCAAAGGUAUUUGGUGAAAAGGAAGCCCUUGAAAAACUAAAUAGUAUUGUUUGGCCGGAAAUAGGAAAUCUGGCAAAGAAAUGCAUCAGUGAUUUGGAUGACAAGGGAUUCAACAUUAUUAUCCUGGAUGCUGCAGUACUUCUUGAAGCUGGAUGGGAUACUCUUUGUCAUCAGGUUUGGGUAUGUAUUAUCAAAAGAGAAGAGGCAAUCUGUCGCAUUAUGGAACGUGAUGGGAAAACACAAGAAGAAGCCGAAAAAAGAAUUGAUAAUCAGAUGUCAAACAAAGAUCGUGUUGCACGAGCCAAUGUUGUGUUUUGUACACAAUGGAGCGGAGAUUAUACUCAGCAGCAAGUUGAAAAGGCUUGGUCUAUUCUUAACAACCACAUUGAAGAGGAAAGAAAGGAUCACAAGUCACAGCUGUAAUUAUAAAUUUCUUCAAAUGCUAAAAGAGAAUUUACGAGGUGCCAAUCCUUAACUGUACAUCUCUGUUUACCCAACAGUAACUGGGUAUCUGGUUGUUAAACAAUUAGCCGGUAAUAUGCCAGGGGAAAACUAGUGGGUAAGGCUUACCAUGAGCUAUGGGACAGGAAAGCUUCAACAGGAUUCAGCAGUCAUCUGUUCCUGGAAAAUAUUAAAAGGACUAGUUCUAAAUUUCCAUACAGUACAGAAAUAACACCACAUGAGACCAGGAGGCAUCGCAGUAUGUGAAAAAUACCCCCAUUGAAAAGCAGAAUUGCAAUAGGCAUGCUGAAAGAGAACUCUAUCAACAUCAAAGGCCCAAGAUUUUUCAACACUCUUCCCCUACACAUACGGAGCAUAACUGACCAACCUCUUACAGCGUUCAAAAUAGUACCUUUAAAGGAUAUUUGAUCAACCAGCCUGUGACUCUUAUGUCAGGCUACGAGCAAGCCACACCCAAUAGCCUUGUUGGUCAGACCAACAAAUAGGAGGCCUGGUCAGAGACCAGCUCGUGGGAUACUAAUCCUUGGAAUCUCUAACUGAUCAACAGAUCCUGUACCCACCUGUGUGUAAAAUAAAAAAAAAAACAGUAUCAUAAGUGCUAACUAUGGUUUAAUUUAUUCAAGUUGAUAAUGAAUAAAUUCAGAAAAUGUCCUAGAUUAUAUGCUGCUAUUUUCGAUAUUUUUAUAAAGCCUAACUAAAAUGUAUAUAAAAUCUUGACAAAACUUUUCCAUAUAUAGUACAAUACAUCCUUAAAGCCUUCACCUUCUAAAUAAGAACAAUUUUAAAGAUGUGCUUCACAGGUACUACGAACAAAUCUACGAACAUUUCUUCAAGCCUUAUCAUUGAUGUAUUACUGUAUUUUCAAACGCGCCUUAGUAUUUUGAUACUUUCACCAUAUUUUUAAGCAUUAUUGCACAUUAUAUACAUGGGAAAAAAUUUCUAUCUUCUAUGCACUACACAGUACCAAAUUUGUUGUAUAAUGCAUUAGUUAAUGUGCAUCUUCUUAUUACUAUAGAUCUCUUUCCAGUCUUCCUAAUAGUGUAGAAACCUUUGACUACCUGUAGUAGGUUUUCUCCUCAUCCUUUAUAUUUUUUACUUUCUUGAGCAUUUCUUUAUUUAAAAAUAGUGUGAUAACUUUCCUUUACAAGUUUUUUUUUUGUUAAUAGAGUACUAUAUUUUUUUGAAAGACUUGACCUUUCUGCAAGUCUGCAUGAAUUCUCACUCGUAUAUCACACAGACUUUUAGUUUCUUACUUCUCCCUGCUAUCACCCAAUCAUACAUCCCUCCUAUUAAGCAAUAAUCUUUGCAUCAAGUUACUGCUUUCAUCUCUAAUCCUCCAUCAAUCAAUCAUUCUUUAAUAUUUAUUUCAUUUGAUCCUUUUAGUGUGCAAUAUAUUGAUUGGGUUUUCUUGAAAUAUAAGUGCCUUUGGUUUGUUCUUUAGUAUUUGCUUAUACAAUAUUGCAUUUAAGUUUCUUUAACUACCUGCACAUGCAUAUACAUUACUGUGUUCCAUUGAUAUACUAUAUUCCUAUUGAUGCUUGAUACAUUUGCUUCUACCUAGGUAAAGGGCAUUGAAUGAGAUUGACAAAUUUUAUUUGAAAAUUCAGUACAGAAUGUAAAUAAUGGAUUUGCAUUGAUGCUUCAUAUACUGUAUUGUAAGUGAGGUAUAUAUGAAAUGGAUGUAGGUAAUUAUAAUUAAAUUGAUGACCCUUGAUUCUGUAUGUAGAAAGUAGUAAUAUAAGUAAAAAAAAGUGAUAAUUAACUAUGGUUUAUUGGAAAGUAUGCAUGAGCUAAAUAUAAUUAAAAAAUAUUUUAUUAUUUGAAAAAGUGUAUGGCUCACAAAAGCAUUUUUUGUGUGUGUGUGAAUUCCUCAAAUUGCUACAUAAGGCAAUUCUUCAUUGAUGUAUUAUUAUCAAACGAUCCAUAGUGCUUUGAACUUUCACUAUAUUUUUAAUCAUUAUUGCACAUUAUAUACACUUAAUGUUAUGACAUUGUGAUCUGAUACACAUUCUUCGAUCCCACAUGUCUCUCUAUAAGGUCAUGUACUGCUCUCCUGUUUUCUCUGGCAUUAAUGAUUUUAUUUCCUUACUUUUGUACACAGUAUUGUACAGUACCCGCUGUACAGAUUGCCUUUCUUUAUACGCAUAUUUCAAACCAAUGAGUAAAUGACAUUAUUAUCUCGUAUUCAGCGAUUGGGCAGCACAGAAUUUCUCAGCACACAUUUAUACUCAUAAAUUGGAGUACAGUUUAAAGAUGUUUUUAUGUGAUGUCAAAAAAAAUUGGGGGAAAAUCUUAAAUGCUGUAUAGCAUAUAACUUAGUGUGCAAGAAAUACAUUUCAAAUACAGACAUGGCAUGGUAUAAUGUUUCUGGGCAAUGUAGGGACCAGGUAGUACACUACAUGCAAAUACAGUACAGGUGUUCAUUUGUAUUUAUUGUACCAUGUGAUUGAAUUUUCCUCAAGUAAAUUGUUACAGUAUUUU